GCUGAUUUGCUAAUUUGCUCAAUUGCCGUGCGGUAUGAGGGCGUUGCAAGUAUAAAAAUAUUAGAAAAGUGAACACUUGCUGAGUGCAGAGGUUGCAGAGAUACAAAAACGAAAAUAGCGCCUCGCUAAUUGCGAGAAAAAGCUACAAAAAGUUGUCAUCAAUAGAGCAGUUUUAAUUGCCAUCAACCAUGUUUCCUUAUCUAAGGAGUCAACGCGUCAAUUUGCAGCUGCUGCAGGAGACAUCUGCGCGGGAGCUGGAGCAGCACCUGGAUUCCAUCGAAGGUAUCAAGGUCAUUGUGUUGGACGAAGCAAUGAUUGGACCCUUGGGUUUAGUGACCAAACCGAAGAUAUUCACUGAUCGUGGUAUUAAGCUGAUCGCUUUGAAGCCGGAUUUGCGCAGUCCCAAGGAGGUGCAGAACAUCGUCUAUAUUGUGCGACCGCAGGUGAAACUCAUGGAUCAGUUGGCAGCGCACGUAAGGAACAACAAUCAGGCGGGCCGACAGUUCCACAUCUUCUUUGUGCCACGACGCUCGUGCCUGUGCAUCAAGCAUCUGGAGAACUUGGAUGUGGUCAAUACGUUCAUGCAUUUCGGAGAGCUGACCUGGAACUUUUUGCCGCUGGAUUCGGAUGUUGUCAGUAUGGAGAUGCCCAAUGCCUAUCGCGAUGUUAGCAUCGAAGGCGACACCACCGCUCUCUACCAAGCGGCGGUUGGGCUGGUCCAGCUGCAGCGGCUAUACGGACGCAUACCCAAGAUCUAUGGCAAGGGCGUGAUGGCACAAUUCGUCUGGGAUCAUGCCAAGCAGCUGGCCAUUGACGAGAAGUCUUUGUACAACGGCGACAAGGGGGCCAUUGAUCAGCUCAUCCUGCUGGAUCGGGGCAUCGAUCUACUGACCCCGCUGGCCACUCAGCUGACCUACGAGGGUCUCAUCGAUGAGUUCUAUGGCAUACGACAAAACCAACUUACGCUACCGGGCGAGCACUUUCCAGCAUAUUAUACUAAUCCGGUAGCAGCCAGUGGCAGCAGCGGCUCCACAGCUGGAGCUGAGGACCCGGAACGUUUGAUAAGCGAUUCGGAUCGAAAGACGAUUUUCCUUCAUUCCGGAGAACCGCUGUACGGGGAGCUGCGCAACAAGAACUUCAAUGAGGUACGCAUGCUGCUAGCUCGCAAGGUCAAGGACAUUCAGGCACAGAUGAAUGUCAAUCGGCAGGAGCAAACGGUGCAGGAGAUCAAGAAUUUUGUCGACCGUCUGCCCCAGCUAAUGGAACAAAAGAAGGCAACAUCUGAGCAUACGGCCAUCGCCGGACUCAUUGACGAACGCAUCAAUCUCUAUUCGUUCAACGAUGAUCUGGCCGCCGAGCAGGAGUUCAUGAUCUGUGCGGACAUCGACAGGCCCAGUGCUUAUAUCGAGGACCAGAUAGCACGCCGUAGCGAUCUGCGCAACGUGCUGCGUCUCAUCUGCUUGCAGUGUGCCGCCGCAUCCGGCUUCAAGGAGCGCGUUCUCAACUACUACAAACGCGAGCUGGCCCAGGUCUACGGUCUAGAGGUGUUGCUUACCAUUAGCCAUCUGGAGAAAGCUGGUCUACUGCGUGCACAAACUGAGUCGAGGGCUUAUGCCGUCUUGCGCAAGACCCUACAUCUGACCGUCGAUGAUAGCGUUGAGGUAAAUCCGAAGGACAUUAGCUAUGUUCAUAGUUUCUAUGCUCCGUUGACAGCUCGUCUGGUUGAGCAUUCGCUCAAGCCGCUCGGUUGGCAGACGCUCAAGAGUCAGAUCAACAACUUGCCUGGGCCCACCUUUGAGGACUUUCAGGUGCAAUUGAUUGGCAUCGGCGGCCGUCAUGCAGGCGGCGCCACGCCCAGCGAGACCUCGCUAUUGCAUGCUCGGCGCGUGGUGCUCGUCGUCUUUGUGGGCGGCUGCACCUUUGCGGAAAUAGCCGCACUGCGCUUCCUGGCUGCCCAGGAGGACAACAACGUGGAGUUCGUGAUCGCCACCACGAAGGUGAUCAACAAGCAUUCAUUCCUCGACAGCCUGAUGAGCUCGUGAAAGAAGCGAUUGAGUCGCUUGGAGGCGCACCUCCUAUCCAUUGGCUGCGGGCUGACGCGUGGACGCAACACCUCCAACCCCAUGAAGCCGGGCCAAACAAUGGAGCAACGUUUGGCGUUUAGAUCGGAGCAGCCGCAGCCCAAGCAAAAAGAUUAGAAACGUUUAACGAUCCCUUACAC